AUGAAGACCUCUGCCGUCCUGACGCCUCUCGCCCUCGUUGCUGUUGGCCUGCAACCAGUCAGCGCCGACAUUGGCCGUGGCGCUGGUCUUGUCAUCGACUUGUUUGGCCAGGGUAUUGCAGAGCUCUUUGUAGAGAUCUUCUCGAAGAGAGACGCUGCCAACGUUAUUGUUCGUCGUCAGGUUCCCGGCGUUCCGGAGUUUGAGUACCAGCGCUGCCGCGAAGACAUUGCGGGCCUUACCAUCACUGCCACUUCUCCUGCCCCGAAUUCUGUUCAGUUCACUGGUGUGCCUCCUACCUGUAUGAACCUGGCUGGUGUGCUUGUCGGUGACGAACCCGGCCCGUAUGCCCUUCCUUGUGGCUCCGACUGCCUCAUCUACGAGGACCUCACACCCGAACAGUUUGAUGAGCUUGUCAGCGUUCUUCAGAGUGUGUAA